AUGGGCCCAACCCGGAAGCCCAACGUGUGCCGCCGGCUGAGCCGCCGGGCGCUGGGCUUCUUCUCCGGCGACGCGGGCGCCGUGCAAAGGACGAACCUGGGCAUCCUGCGGGCGUUGGUGUGCCAGGAAAGUACUAAGUUUAAGAAUGUUUGGACUACUCAUUCCAAGUCACCUAUAGCCUAUGAGAGAGGAAGAAUAUAUUUUGAUAAUUAUCGGUGCUGUGUCAGCAGUGUUGCAUCAGAGCCAAGAAAACUUUAUGAAAUGCCAAAAUGCUCCAAAUCAGAAAAAAUAGAGGAUGCUUUAUUAUGGGAAUGCCCAGUGGGGGAAAUGCUGCCCAAUCCAUCAGAUUAUAAAUCCUCACUCAUAGCAUUGACAGCCCAUAACUGGCUACUUCGUAUAUCAGCAAGUACGGGAAAAGUCCUUGAGAAAAUAUAUCUUGCUUCGUAUUGCAAAUUCAGAUACUUGAGCUGGGACACUCCUCAAGAGGUCAUCGCAGUCAAAUCAGCUCAGAACAAAGGCUCAGCAUUGGCCCGGCAGGCAGGUCUUCCACAGCCUGUCUUGCUGUACCUUGCAGUGUUCCAUGUUCUACCUUUUUCACUCAUAGGGAUUCUGGAGAUCAGCAAAAAGAUUUUCGGGAACGUUACAGAUGCUACCUUAUCUCAUGGAAUACUGAUUGUGAUGUACAGCUCAGGACUGGUCAGACUCUAUAGCUUCCAAGCCAUCACUGAACAGUUCAUGCAACAGAAACUUGACUUAGGGUGUGCAUGCAGAUGGGGUGGGACUGCUGGAACUGUGGGAGAGGCUCCUUUUGGCAUUCCUUGUAAUAUUAAACUCACAGACACGCCACCACUGCUCUUUGAGGUGUCCUCCCUGGAGAAUGCCUUUCAGAUUGGAGGCCACCCUUGGCACUACAUCAUCACACCUAAUAAGAAGAAACAGAAAGGAGUUUUCCAUAUUUGUGCCCUUAAAGACAACUCCUUGGCUAAAAAUGGGAUCCAAGAAAUGGAAUGUUGUUCUCUAGAAUCUGACUGGAUCUAUUUUCAUCCUGAUGCUUCUGGAAGAAUAAUACAUGUUGGCCCAAAUCAAGUCAAAGUUUUAAAGCUAAAUGAAAUAGAAAAUAAUAGUGGCCAGCAUCAGAUCUCUGAAGAUUUUGUCAUUUUGGCCAACCGGGAGAACAAAAAUGAAAACUUACCCACUGUUACUGCAUCUGGACGUGUGGUUAAAAAAAAAUUUAAUCUUCUGGAUGAUGACCCAGAACAAGAGACUUUCAAAAUUGUGGACUAUGAAGAUGAAUUGGAUUUGCUUUCUGUGGUAGCUGUUACUCAAAUAGAUGCCGAAGGAAAAGCUCACCUGGAUUUCCACUGUAAUGAAUAUGGAACUUUACUUAAAAGCAUUCCACUGGUGGAGUCAUGGGAUGUGACGUACAGCCACGAAGUCUACUUUGACAGAGACCUGGUCCUCCACAUAGAACAGAAACCCAGCCGGGUCUUCAGCUGCUAUGUUUACCAGAUGGUGUGUGACCCUGGGGAAGAAGAAGAAGCCACAAACAGCAGCUGA